UGGAACUAUCCCACACAAAUGGUCUUCAACAUCAACUGGCAUGGUGACUACGUCGUCUGCGUCUCGUCAUCGCUGGGGGCAUAGGGAACAACAGUAUCUCCAUGUUCCAGCUGUCUUGGACAAUCUUGCCUGCAGCUAGGUCUGCCGGGCCGAGACUGGACUCGCAUAUAUGAAGGGGACAAGCUGCCCAUCCAUCAUUUGCGAGUCUCUGGUCUGCCCUUUUCCUUCUCUGCAACGCCCGCCGCCUUUCGUUCUCUCUUAUAGCUUGAAGUCGACUGGAACACUUACCAGAAUGUCUCAAGCCCCGGAGCAGUACCCCAAGCACCAGCCGGCCUUGUCCGAGAAGCUGGCCGCAGUCCGUGAUGUUCUCCAAAAGUCCAUCUCCCCAAUCCCUCCCUACCCUGGACCAACUCCUGGCGGCGCUGCCCAGGAGCCUGAGCCGACCAAUCUUCUCCAAGACGUCAAGAAACUCGGAUUUGAGGAUUUCGACACACUAGCCGAAUUCCUCGGCUCCGCUGUCAAAGGACAGAUCAACGACAACGACUUGCUCUUGGAGCGUCUAAUCGAGCUCUUUGCCAAGUUGCCCGCUGGCACAGUCAAGGGUAAGAAGCUGGAGUAUGGCCUGAUCAAUCAACUGUGGAACGGCAUCGAUCACCCGCCUAUGACGACGCUGGCCGAUGAGUACAAGUACCGUGCCGCGGAUGGCUCCAACAACAACAUCCACAGCCCGCAGAUGGGCGCCGCAGGUACGGCGUAUGCCCGGUCAACGCCGGCCAUCACCUACCAGACUCCCAACCAGCCGGAGCCCAGCCUCAUCUUCGAUAUGCUCUUCGCCAGAGGCGAUGAGUUCAAGCCCCACCCCAACAAGCUCUCAAGUGUCCUCUUCUACUUCGCCACCAUCAUUACCCACGACAUCUUUCAGACUGAUGGCCAGUCAAGCAACAUCAACCAGACCUCAUCGUAUCUGGACCUUGCUCCCCUCUAUGGUCGCAACCAGAAAGAACAAGAUGAUAUGAGGACAAAACUAGACGGGAGACUGAAGCCUGACUCGUUCUCCUCCAAGAGAGUCCUCGGCUUUCCUCCUGGUGUUGGCGUGCUUCUGAUCAUGUUCAACCGCUUCCACAACUAUGUCGUGACACAGUUAGCCAGCAUCAACGAGAACAACCGCUUCACCAGGCCGAAAGGCCCUGUUCCCGCUCCAUCCGACGCCAUCCCAUCAGAGCCGAAGAAGCCGGACGACGACGUCGACAAGAACUCGGAUGAGUACAAGACCUAUUUGGCCGAGAAGCGACCCUUUGAUCAUCGGAUGGCUUGGAUCAAGUACGACAAUGACCUCUUCCAAACGGCCCGUCUCAUCACCUGCGGUCUCUAUGUCAGUAUCGUCCUCCGCGACUAUGUCCGUACCAUCUUGAACAUGAACCGAACGGCCUCCAGCUGGGCUCUGGACCCCCGCACCAAUGAGGGCAAGAGUCUUCUCGAAGCAGAGACUCCAGAGGGUACCGGCAAUCAAGUGUCGGUGGAAUUCAACCUCAUCUACAGAUGGCACUGUUCCAUCUCCCCCAGAGACGACAAGUGGACACAGGAGACGUUCGCCAAGGUACUAAAAGAUUCAGAAGACCCUAAGAAGAAGGUUGAAGACUUCACUCUGAAGGAAUUUGGCCACGCCAUCCGGGAUUGGGAUUUGCGCAUCCCCAACGACCCAGUCGAGCGUGGUUUUGCCGAUCUCAGCCGGGGCAAGGAUGGCUCUUUCCGCGAAGAAGACCUGGCCCGGAUAUUCAAGGAGAGUGUAGAGGAUGUGGCCGGCUCCUACGGCGCCAAUAGGAUCCCGGAGAUCAUGAAGCCCAUCGAACUGCUAGGCAUCAUCAACGCCCGGAAGUGGAAUGUUGCCACGCUCAAUGAGUUCCGGAAGCACUCCGGCCUCACUCCGCACCCAACGUUCGAGGACAUCAACCCGGACCCUGAGGUCGCCGAGAAGCUCAGAUACCUUUACGGCACUCCCGACCAGGUUGAGCUGUACCCGGGAUUGGUUUCCGAGAAGGCCAAGCCGGCCAUGGCCCCGGGUAGUGGUUUGUGUGGCAACUUUACCAUGACCCGGGCUAUCCUCUCAGAUGCCGUUGCCCUAGUCCGUGGCGAUCGCUUCUACACGAUUGACUACACUCCAAAGAAUCUCACUAAUUGGGGAUUCAACCAGGCCAGCCACGACCCUAACGUCGACCAGAGCCAUGUCUUCUACAAGCUGGUCUAUCGCGCUUUCCCCAACUCGUUCAAGGCGAACAGCAUCUACGCGCACUACCCUUUCACAGUACCUUCGGAAAACAGGAAGAUCCUCGAGAGCAUCGACCGAGCCUAUCUGUACUCCUGGGAUGAGCCCGAAACCAAGGCCAGCGUAAUCCCCAUCUUGUCCCACAAGGCUAUCAGCGAUGUCCUCUACAACCAAGCGGACUUUAAGGUCAUUUGGGGAGAGGCCAUCCGCCAUCUGGUCGCCCAGCCCGGAAAGGACUAUUCAAAGAACUUCUGUUUGUCCGGAGACGGCAAGGCUAACUUACUGAACCGUACGCAGGUCAGGAAAGCCCUGAUCUCUGGUCCGUGGGAGCAGGAGGUUUGGAAUUGGUACACCCACAUGACACCCAGGCUGUUGGAGCAGCAUAGCUUUGCUAUACGCAAGGGUGUCAAUGAGGUCGACAUCGUCCGCGACGUGAUCAACCUGACCAACACCCGCUUCAACGCUGCCCUUUUCUGCUUGCCCAUCAAGAACGAGGACUCACCGUGGGGCGUCUACACCGACCAAGAGCUGUACAUGGUCGUGGCCACCCUCUUCCAGUCGGUGUUCCUCGACGCAGACAUUGCCAACAGCUUUAAGCUUCGCACGAUUGCGCGCGAGCUCGGGCAGGGUCUCGGAAAGAUCAUGACGCUCGUUGUGCAAACCAUCGCAAAGGCCGGUUUAAUCACAGACAUUGUCGCAAAGAUCAGGGAGGGGGAGGCGUCGCUUCCCACGUUUGGAAACCACCUCAUUGAGCGGCUCAUCGCCGACGGCAAGGAUAUUGACGAGGUCAUCUGGGGCACCAUCAUGCCCGUCAUCACCGCCAACGUCACGAACCAGUCGCAGGUUACGGCCAUGUGCAUCGACUAUUACCUCGGCGAGGGCAAGCAGUACCUGGGCGACUUGUACCACCUGGCUCACCAGAACACGCCUGAGGCAGACGAGAAGUUGAUGAAGUACAUGCUCGAGGGAUGCAGACUUCGCGCCGCCGUCGCCGUGUACCGUGAGGCCGUCACCGACCAGGUCAUCACCGACUAUGCCCCCUGCCUGCUUGACCCCAACGACCCUACUUCGCGCAAGCCCGUCGUCAACGACGACAUCGAGGGCACCAAGUACGAGGUCAAGAUCCCCAAGGGCCAGCGCGUGAUCUGCAACUUCAUGACCGCAGGCCGCGACCCGACCAUCUUCGAAUCUCCCAGCGAGGUGCGCCUCGACCGGCCCCUCGAGUCGUACGUACACUUUGGCCUCGGGCCGCACUGGUGCGCUGGCAAGGAGAUUAGCCGUGUCGCGCAGACGAGCCUGUUCAAGCAGAUUGUCGGUCUGAAGAACUUGAGGAGAGCCGAGGGCGAGCGGGGGAAUCUCAAGAACAUGCCUGCUGGCGCCUGGAAGGGCCAGGUUGGCCUUCCCGUCGGCUCACAGAACGGUGUCGGCAAGAGCCACGAGCCUUGGCUUGGUCUGAGGGCGUUCAUGACGGCCGACCAGAGCUCGUUCUGGCCCGUUCCGACGACAAUGAAGGUCGAGUGGGACGAGUAAGAGGUCGUUGCUAUCAGUUGGCGUGUAUGAAAAUGGCGAUGUAUUACCAGGAUGACAGCCUUGCAGGAUUUCAAUUUCUCUCGUGUUGAUCUUACUCGUCUGUCAGUCUCAAGAAAAAAUGCAUUUGAUAAAUAGCGACAUAAUAUUUCGGAAAACAACAAACUUUGAGAAGCAGCUUUAGUGUUUUAUUAUUUCUCCGAAAUACUGUCAAUGUGAAGAAGAAGCAACCGCAGAUGAAGAUACUUGCAAGUGAAUGAGGGAGGGCCGCAUGAUCCAUCAGUCUUAGAUACUGAUCACGGACGAUUUGACAUACCAAGCGGGGCUUAGCCCCGAUCCUCCCCUUGGUGUAGUUGGUUCAUCACGUUCGACUGUAAUGGUUACAUUGUCAUCGAAAGGUCUCUAGUUCGAUUCUGGAAGGGGAGAA